AUGAGGUCCUCUAAGGUGUACGCAAUGUUACUGGUCAUUUUAAGUGCCCUUUGGGCCCCAAUCGUGGUGCAGUGCAAAAGAAACGAAAAAAACUGCAAUGCAAAGAUUGCGGAGCAGUUGGAAAGCCUAAAACUUGAUUUAAUAGAAAUUGCCAGUGAUCUUAGUGGAUUAGAGCAACUAAAGUAUUCGCUAGCGGAACAGAGGACUCUUCUUACCCGUCGACAGUGUGCGAAACCUCUUACCUGUUGUGAAUGUGGUGAAACGAAAUGUCAAUGUGGAUGUAGAAUUCCAGAAUCUAACUAUUCCUACUGCAGUGACAUAAUAUGCACGAGGUCAGGAAUAUACCAGAUUCAACCAGAAAACCCCUUCAAGCAACCGAUGAACGUGCUGUGCGACCAAGAGUACGGGUCCGGAGGAUGGACAGUGAUUCAAUAUCGCUUCGACGGUUCGGUGAACUUCUACCGAGGUUGGCAGGAGUACAAGAACGGUUUCGGUAGUUUAGAGGGCGAGUUCUGGCUAGGCUUGGAUCGUAUCUUUCAGUUGACCGCCUUCAAACCACUUGAGUUGGUGAUUUUGUUGGUAGAUCUCUUAGGCGUCAGCACGUACGCAAGGUACGAACGCUUCGAGAUUGGAGACGAGAGUCAAGGCUAUGUCUUGAAGCCUGUGGGCGCUUACUCUGGUACUGCUGGUGAUCAAUUGACAAACCUCGUAGGACAGAACUUCACCACACUGGACAAAGAUUAUGACGCUGUAUCCAUAAAUUGCGCGGUUGAGUACACUGGAGCUUGGUGGCAUGAAAACUGCGAUUUGAGGUCUGUAGUAUGA